AUGCCGAGUUUUUCGACCCCUCUUGCAUCGGCAUUGAUUGUCUUCAUCAUCGUCAGCCCCGCUUUCCAAAAUGACUUUGUUCACGAUGACAUACCAGCAAUCGUUCGCAAUCCUGACGUACAAGGCAGAACUGGAUUACUUGCCCUUUUCAAAAACGAUUUCUGGGGAAAGGCUAUGUCCGAAGUCACUUCGCACAAGUCGUAUCGCCCGCUUACUGUGUUGACGUACAGGAUCAAUCGGAUUCUGACUGGCAAUCACGCUUUCUUCUUCCAUUUGACGAAUAUUCUCCUCCAUUCUGGAUUGGUUUACCGCCUUCACCUGAUUCUCCUUCGCUUUGGAUACUCUCGAGAAUCCGCUCAACUAGCCGCGAUCAUUUUUGGAAUUCAUCCGCUGAAUUCUGAAUCUUUCGCCAACAACGUCGGCCGAGCAGAAGUUCUUUCGGCGCAUUUUAUGCUCAGUGCAAUCGUCAAUCGGGAUAACACGGCUGCUUCUGGAUGUUAUGCGCUUUUAGCGAUGCUGUGCAAAGAAGGCGGCGUCUUUUGCCUGGCGAUUCUCGUCGCUUUAGAAAUCAUCAUCAUUUUCAACAGAAAACGGCGCGGAGAAGUGAUUCUCGAUCCCGAUUUCAUCCUCUUUUUCGUUUACAAGUUGCUCUUCUGGUUCAGCUACCUGCUCAUUUUUGUCUCGCUGCGAUUGUGGGUGUUGAACGGAACUUAUCCGGUGUUUACUCCGCCUGAUAAUCCAGCUGCUUUUGCAAAGGACAAAUUUGUCAAAUGGUCGAGUUUUGCCUUUUACUGGUUUCAGCACUACUGGCUUUUGCUCUCCCCGAAGAACUUGGCUUACGAUUGGGCUUAUGGAUCGAUCCCACUUGUCCAGGACUUUUCUGACUGUCGAAUUCUUGCGAUCCUUUGUCUCUUCUCCUCCGUCCUCUUUAUUGGCUUUCAUUGUUUCCGCAGCAUCUUUGGAUUUUUCAAUAAUCGACGAAUUCUUCUUCCAACUUUGCUGCUCUUCGUCCCGUUUAUUCCAGCCUCGAAUGUGUUGGUUUCGGUCGGAUUUGCUGUCGCAGAGCGAGUCAUGUACACUCCCAGCAUCGGUUUCGCGAUUCUCUUUGCCGAUGGCUUCACAAAAUUCCACAAGAAAUUUGAGAAAUCAAUCCUCAAAUCAACAAUCAUCCGUUCUAGUCUAGCCCUAACGAUAAUUUUGUUUACGAUAAAAACGGAAUUUCGCAUCAACGCAUGGAAAAAGAAGGAAAAUCUAUUCGAAUCUGGCCUUACCGUUCAUCGCCAUAACGCAAAGAUGUUCUACAAUUACGGCAAUUGUCUCCGGAACGAGCAGAAGAUCGACGAAGCGAUAAUUUUCUAUGAAGAAGCGAUCCGCCUUCACCCCACUUAUUCCAAAGCCUACGACAACAUCGGGGUCCUCUACGACGACGGAACAGAAGAAGGUUCAAAGAUGGCGGAGAAGAUGUACCAAAAGAGCAUCGAAGCGAAUCCGCACCAUCCAAGCGCGUAUUCGAACUUAGCCUCGCUCUACGCUCAAAGUGAGCGACUUCAAGAAGCCGUCAAGAUAUCUGGAAAGCUAAAAAUUAGAGCCUUUCAUGAAAUCUGCCUAAAGCUUUAUCAACACAUUCUCCUUUUAUUUAAAAACGCAGAUUCUCCCAUCGCCGAGCCAUACAACCACUACGGCGCUUUGCUCACAGAACAAAAACGCUACGAAGAAGCAAUCAAAGUCUACGAACAAGCGAUCGCGCUGGAACCCUUUAAUCCGAAUCCCCUGGUCAAUCUCGCCUGGGUGAAGCAAACGCUUGGUAAUGGAUCUGGCUCAGCCCAGAUGGUGAGAGACGCCGAAGAGUUGUACGAAAAAUCACUGAGGAUAAAGCCUACCUCCGAAGCGUUUAUGCGCCUUGGAAGUCUAAAAUAUCAGCGUGGAGAAACGGCCGAAGCGAAGAAAGAAUACGAAGAGGCUCGAAAACUCGAUCCAGAGAAUCACAUGAUCGUCCUUGAGCAGUCGAUCGUGUUGGUAGCUGCGGGAGAAACUGACCGCGCCGUGGAAAUUCUUCAGGAUUCUGUUAGCAAGCGAGAUCGGGACUGUCAACUGCCCAAUUUGCAUAUAACCCUGGCGAAGAUAUACGGCCCGAAGAAGCAUCAAUUCAUGAAGGCAGCGAGUAUACUCGAGAAUUGCAACAGAAAGCUCCUCGAAAACAAUCACGAAAAAGAACACGCUGCGGAGGUUAAAUUCCAGCUGGGAGCAAUGUACCACGAAAUCGUUAGAAACAACCAAAAUGUUUCGAAUCCGACGAAAAAUGAAGAAGCUUUCUUGGAAAAAGCGAAGGAGAAGACCCUUGAAUUGUUAAAAGAAGCGAUCAAAUUGAAACCGGGAGAUGUUGGCUAUCGAGUUCUUCUGGCGCAAGUGCAUUUGAGAGGUGGAAACUUGGAAGAGGGAACUCAUGUUUUGAAAACGAUUUUGAAACUGAAGCCGGAUCAUGAAGUCGCAACAAUUUUGCUCAAUCGCGUCAAAGAAGCCGAAUCAAGAACAUCUUAA